AUGCGGUCGCGCACGCUGGCCCUCGCGGCGCUACUCAGUCCCAGGCCAUCGGUAGCCACCACUACCACCGGGCAGGACUGCCGUUGCCUACCCGGAGAUGAUUGCUGGCCCACGGCGUCCGAGUGGCAGCAGCUCAACGAAACGGUCGACGGCCGACUGGUGGCAACGAUUCCGCUCGCCGCCCCAUGUCACGACCCAGCCUUCAACAGCUCGACCUGCGACACGCUGCGCGAAAGUUGGCAAUGGCCGCAAGGGCAUUAUGAGUCCUCGAGCUCCGUCAUGGCUCCGUUCUGGGCCAACCGCAGCUGCGACCCCUUCACCUCCGAAGACACGCCCUGCGAGCUGGGCAACUACGUCCGCUACGCCAUCAAUGUGUCCUCGAGCCAUCAUGUGGCCGCCGGUAUCCGCUUUGCCAGCGAUAAAAACAUCCGUCUUGUUGUCCGCAAUACCGGUCAUGACUACAACGGAAAGUCUACUGGCGCCGGUUCUCUGGCCAUCUGGACGCACCACCUGAAGAGCCUGAGCAUCAUCGACUACAACAGCCCCACAUACUCGGGCAAGGCAAUCAAAGUCGGUGCCGGGGUCCAGGGCGGAGAAGCCUACGCGGCAGCCGAUGCUGCCGGGCUUGCCGUCGUCGGAGGGGAAUGUCCGACCGUCGGCAUCGCCGGCGGCUACUCACAGGGCGGCGGUCACUCGCCCCUCUCGUCCAAGUACGGCUUGGGCGCGGACCAGGUGCUCGAGUGGGAGGUGGUCGACGGCACGGGCGAGGUGCACGUCGCAAACCGACAGCAAAAUAAGGAUCUUUAUUGGGCGCUGUCUGGAGGCGGUGCAGGAACCUACGGCGUCGUCCUGUCCAUGACAUCCAAGGCCCACCAUGACAUCCCCGUGUCCGGCGCGAAUCUGACCUUCACCGCAGAAGGGCUGAGCGCAGAAACCUUCUACGCGGCCAUUGGGGCGUGGGAGGCCGAGCUGCCCAAGCUGGCCGAUGCCGGAGCCAUGGCCAUAUACUCGUUCACGAACACCUUCUUCGCCAUCGCGCCAAUCACGGCGCCUGGUGUGUCUUCGGACCAGCUCGCAACGCUUCUGCAACCGUACGAGGACAAGCUGUCCAGCCUUAACAUUACGUACUCGAGCUACAUACACCAGUUCGACGGCUACUACUCCCAGUUCUCCACCAUGCAGAGUCCGAUUCAAGUCGGGAUUGCCCAGUACGGCGGCUGGCUCUUGCCGCGGAGCCUAGUGGAGACGAAUAAUGCCGCCCUGAACGCUGCCUACAGGAACAUCACCGAGGACGGCGCGACCAUCAUCAAUAUCGCAUUGAACGUGUCCAAGACCGUGGCCGGAGACGUGGACAACUCUAUCCUACCCGCCUGGAGAGAUGCACUGGUCUCCGCCGUCGUCACUACACCGUGGAACUUCACCGCUCCGUGGGACGAGAUGAUCGGGUGGCAAGACAAGAUGACCAACAAAUACAUCCCGCAGCUGACGGCGCUGGCUCCCGAGUCGGGCUGCUACUCGAACGAGGGCGAUUUCCGUCAGCCGAACUGGCAAAGGUAUUUCUACGGCACAAACUACGCCAAGCUCCGAGAGAUCAAGAAGAAGUAUGACCCCUCGGAUCUAUUUUACGCGGCCAUUGCUGUGGGGAGCGAGGAAUGGGAUGUUGCCGAAGAUGGAAGAAUGUGCAGGGCCGGUAACUCGACGGUUCAGACGUACUUGCCCGAGCUUUGA